GCGACGCGCAUCCGGCCCGGGGGCCGGGGCGCGGUACGGCGAUGAUGAUCAGUCGGCAGCUCCUGCUGACCUACCUCUACCUGCUAAUCUACAUCUGCCUCUCGUCGGGAGUCAUCCUGUUCAACAAAUGGGUACUAUCUCCAAAGUACUUCAAAUUUCCCUUCCCCAUUACCCUCACAAUGAUUCACAUGGCAUUUUCUGGAGUUGUGACGUUCUUCCUAGUCCGUGUUUUUAAGGUUGUUGCACCUGUCAAGAUGACUUUCCAAAUAUACGCCACAAGUGUAAUUCCAAUUAGUGCAUUCUUUGCGUCAAGCCUCUGGUUUGGAAAUACAGCGUACUUGUAUAUUUCAGUUGCCUUCAUUCAAAUGCUCAAGGCUUUGAUGCCUGUGGCAACAUUUAUAAUGGCUGUUCUAUGUGGUACUGACAAAUUAAGGCGGGACCUUUUCUUGAACAUGUUGCUGGUCAGUGUUGGUGUUGUAGUUUCAUCAUAUGGCGAGAUUCAUUUUAAUGUAAUAGGAACAUUGUACCAAGUAACUGGCAUUGUCGCGGAAGCCCUCCGGCUGGUCUUGACACAGGUCCUCCUCCAAAAAAAGGGUUUAACCCUGAACCCUAUUACAAGCCUGUAUUACAUAGCGCCUUGCAGUUUCAUCUUCCUAUUUGUUCCAUGGUAUUUACUGGAAAAGCCAGAAAUGGACAUCUCUCCAAUUCAAUUCAACUAUUGGAUAUUUUUCUCGAAUGCACUUUCUGCAUUUGCAUUAAACAUAUCCAUAUUUCUAGUUAUUGGAAGAACAGGAGCAGUCACUAUCCGAGUUGCAGGAGUUCUGAAAGACUGGAUACUUAUCGCCCUCUCGACCAUUAUCUUUCCUGAAUCUACCAUUACAAGUCUCAACAUAAUUGGAUAUGCCGUUGCACUCUCUGGCGUUGUCAUGUACAAUUAUUUGAAGAUGAAAGAUGUGAGAGCAAGUCAACUUCCAGCAGAUAGCACUCCUGAUAGAGCUACAAAGGAUAAGAAGAUUCUGAACGCAUACAAACCUGAUGGUUCCCUGGACAGUAAUGAUGAGACUGUUGUUGGGCUGGCAUCAGAAGCUGCAGUAGUUGAUGAGGAAGCCCCUUUGAUUCCAUCGUCCCGCCUCUCCUAUGUUACCCGGACACAAACAGGCGGUGGUUUGAAUAACAGAUGACCAUGAUUUUCUUAAGUUUUGAGUUGGUUGAGGUAGCAAACUCUGUCACAGAUAGACCUCCUGAAGAGUUUGAAAGAGGCGCAGAAGCUGAUGAACUAUGAAAAGAGCCUUCUUUGGAAGCCCUGGUGAUUGAUCUGUAGGCACCUUUUCUCCACGAGUUGGUAUGGGAAGUUUUUUUCAGGAGACACCUGGAGGUUAAAUAGAAGAAGUAGCAGCGAUAGCAUGAUUACUUUUAAUCUGUAUUUGGAGAUUUCUGCAGUCCAUGUUAGAUAUACGCUAUUUUGGAACCCAGCAUAUGGAAAUGGCGGACCAUAGAUGGUGUAAAGCACCUCUAUAGAUGCUAAUUCAAAUACUCACUCAGGCUCAAAAUACUUGUCGCGGGUUCAUUGAAUCUACACACAUUUUAGCCUACAUUUUGAUUAAAUGUGCGACAAGUAUUUUGCGCCGGAGGGAGGGAGUAGCAGUUUCGAUA